AUGCCACAGCUAUUGGUAUUGAAGGAAUGUUGGUCGAAAGGUUUUCCGAGUAAUGAAUUCGGUUAUGUUUUGUAUCCAUUUUUGUGUAUUUUCAAACUUUUCGGUUUCGCGCCCAUCGACCUAAAAAAUGGUGAAAAUUUACAUAGUAAAUAUGGAAGACUAAAAUUGGAUAUAUGCUCUGCUACUUGGACUGUGAUUAGUGCCAUUAUCUAUAUUGUUGGUUUCAGUUAUGCCGUACAUCAGAUGAGCAUCACAAAUCACUGGGGACACAUACAAUCAGAAAUUCCAUUCAUCACAAGUUGGGCACAAAUUGGUUCACUUUUUCUAUUAGGCGGCUUAGCAGUGUUAACAUCAUGGCUUCAUCUACCGAAUAUGCUAAAAUUAUGCAAUUUAAUUUACAAAAUAGAUCAAUAUCUGAAGGUGUAUAUGAAUGUGCAAAUAGAUUAUAAACAGUUACGUCGGCGAUUAUUAAUUGAAUUCACAUUACUGUUUCUGGUACCGACGACAUUAUCUAUGGUUAACUGCGUUGUUAUACAACCAAUACCAGAUUUAGGUUUCAAUUCGUCCUGCUACUGGUUCAUUUGUUUUGCACCAAUCAUGCUGCUAACUUUUAAGGAGUUUCAAUUCUACAAUCUAUUAUUCAUACUUAAAUCAAAAUACGACCUUAUAAACGAGAAACUACAAUUCUAUAUACAUGGCUUGGAUAAGAAGAAAGAAAAACUGAAGAGUAAAUCAAAUUCAAUAUCUGAAGUACCAUUAGCUUCUAUAGUAACGACAACAAGCGUCAAAGAAAUGGAAAUACUAGGAGUAGACACUCUACAAAAUUUACUAGAUAUAUUCUCUCUCAUCACAGAUGCUGUGGAACUGUGUGUGAACGAUUUUGCACAUUUUACAGAUCGAGGAACGUAUUAUAAUAAAAAAGAUGAUCCAAUUUCUGCUGUCAUGCUGUUUUUAGAAGGAGAGCACUGGAAAAAUUUACGAACAAAAUUAACUCCAACUUUCACAUCAGGAAAAAUAAAAAGUAUGUUUACCACUGUCGUCGAUGUAGCUGAUCAAUUAAUCAAUGUUUUGGAAGAUGAGCGAAAGUCUGCAGAUAUGAAUAUAGGAAUUGAUUUUGCAGAUCUUAUGUCACGCUAUGCAACAGACGUUAUAGGAAGCGUUGCUUUCGGUUUAGAGUGCAAUAGAUUAAAGGAUCCAACAAGUAAAUUUAGUAAAACUUGUGAAAAGAUUGGUUAUUUUAAACACAGUAAGCCUGUUGUUUCGCUUAUGAACACUUUUCCAAAUUUAGCUCGAAAAUUCAGAAUGAAACUGUUUCCAAAAGAAAUUUCAGACUUCUUCUUUCAAAUUGUUCGUGACACUGUAGAAUAUCGAGAGAAAACGGGUAUACAACGAAAAGAUUAUCUUAAUAUAUUAAUGGAGUUAAGAAAAUCAGAAACAUCAGAUGCUUUCACAAUGGAAGAGAUGACUGCACAGACAUUUUUGUUUUUUGUAGGAGGUUUUGAAACAAGUUCAAGUGUAAUGAGUUUUUGUUUAUACGAACUGGCUUUAAAUCCAGACAUUCAAGAGAAGGCUCGGACGGAAAUGAAUGAAGUUAUGGCUCAGCAUGAUGGCAAACUUACUUAUGAAGCAGUUAAAGAAAUGAAGUAUUUACUUCACUGUAUGUACGAAACAACGCGUAAGUAUUCAGUUGUACCGGUUAUCGUACGCAAAGCUGUCAAAGACUAUAUUUUACCAAAUACAAAUCAUGUCAUUGAAGAAGGAACUAGAGUUAUUUUGCCAAUUGAUGCCUUACACUAUGAUCCAGACAUAUAUCCAAAUCCUCAACGUUUCGAUCCCAACCGAUUUUCGACAGAAGAAAUUGCAAAACGUCAUCCAAUGGCAUAUAUGGGUUUCGGCAAAGGACCACGAGCUUGUAUUGGUUACAGAUUUGCCUAUAUGCAAAUUAUAAUUGGUUUAUAUAUGAUGCUUAAAAACUAUCGAUUUUCUCCCACCAAAGAAACACAAAUACCUAUGAAAUAUAAAUUGAAUAAACACUUUCGUGAUGCUGAAAGAGGAGUGUAUUUGAAAAUAGAAAAAUUGUGAAAGAUGUGUGAAAUGUUGACAUUUGUUUAUGACAAAAUACUAGUAUCAUAGAAAAUAAUAGUAAUAAAAAAGAUUAACAAAUAAUAAUUUGUGGUUACUUAUCCGAAUUACAUAGUCGGGUGAAAAUAUUCUUCACACAUUUCCACUUUGUCCGUUCAUUCUCCAAUCU